AUGGCCUACGAUGGGGCGGAGACCGGGUCUGCAUGUUUGAUUGGCGCUCAGACAGCGGAGACUCCGGCGGAAAAGGAGUUGUCCCAGAAUUUGAGCAAUUUGAAAUGCUGGGAAGCUCGUGUGCUGCUGUGCAGCGGACGCCCGCCACCUUGUAAGGCAUGCCAAAACACUGGUGGAUGCAUCUUCGAUGAGACGCUCGACCUGAGACGAAAGGUUGCUGCGAGGCGCACCCAAGGAGAGCUAGAGUACUACCGAGGCCUGCUAUACUCGCUUCUCGAAACGCUUCGAUCCUCAGAUGAAGAAAAGGCCCGACAGAUGUUGGAAAAGAUCCGUGGCAAUGCCCAACUGAAUGACCUCGUCACUGUUAUCGACCCUCCUGCCACUGAUUUCAGUGACGCAAGUUCAGAGCACUCCAAGAGCGUUGGGCCUGCGGAAGAUAUCCCAUCGCAGCACGAGCGCCCAGUUGUCGAUGCCCACUUGCGGAUAACGGUGGAGAGGCUAUGUGAUAGUCCCUUGUUUCAGGUAUCUUCUGGGCCUUGGACAGUGGUUACUAAUGAUGACCAUAUUGUUUCGCACCUAAUAUCGUUGUACUUCACUUGGGAUCAUCCGUUAUUGCAGGUCGUGGAUCAAGAGACGUUCCUAAAGCAUAUGACUACCAAAGAAACCAAUCCAGAUUGCUGCACCUCGCUGCUUGUUAAUAGCAUAUUAGCUGUGGCAAGUAUCUAUUCCGACUUUCCAGAAGUUUUUGCUGCCCCUGACGAUGAGACGUCACGGGGGCAGCAUUUUUAUGCGGAAGCAGAGCGAUUGUGGAAUGCGGAGGAAGGCCGCGUUUCUCUAGCCAAUAUUCAAGCUGUGGCCCUAAUGAGUCGUUUCCUGAAAUUCCAAGGUAAAGACGACUUGAGCUGGCUCAUGCUCAGACAAGCUGUACAGCUCGCACAAGAUUUUGGCAUGUUCACUUCACCGAGGAUGGGACACCGCCAGUGGGAGAAAAUGUCUCUCAGACUGCAGCAUGCUUGUGCAAUCACUGCUUGGGGUCUCUUUAUUUUGAACGCGCAAACGUCCUUGCAUAGUCGCAAGGUCGCAGAGUUGAAGCUACCGAAAUAUAAACCUUAUCCUGUAACUGCGCUCGAUGAUGAUGAUGUUAUGUGGACACCGUAUCCUCGCUUCAAUCAGGUUGGCCUCGCCAAACACCCGGCAUAUCUACGAUUCGUCAUGACCAAAACGAUCGAUUUGACCGAGAUUAUCGCGGACAUACCGGAGCUGCUGUUUGACAAAGGGCUCGACAUGGCAAUUGGCGAACUGUGGAUAGCAGCCAAUAAGAAAUGCGUUCGCUUGCAGCGAUGGCUUGACAGCCUUCCGAAGGACUUUGAAGCCGACGAUGAGAAACCACCACAGAUCUUAUACCUGUAUAUCGGAUAUCACCAUACGAUUAUGGUACUAUUCCAAUAUUUCCUGGAGCAUCAACAUUUCGGGCCCACGUCCCAUCCAUCGGAAUUUGAACAGGCCCGGUCAAAUCAGCUUCGAUCGGCGAAGCAAGUUGUCCAGUGUCUCCGCUCGUACCAUGAAGCCUAUGGAUUGCGACAAAUACCCAGGCAGAUGCUCGAGCCCACCAAUAGUAGUCUCCUUGUCUUUCUGAGUGCCUUGAACGAGGACGAUUCAAAGGAUGCGUUUGUGGAAUUGUGUCGGUUUCUAGUGGCUUUCAGCAAGAGAUUCGCGUUAGCUAAAGAGAUGCUUCGCAAUCUAGAGAGCAUUGUUCAGUCCUCGAGGCUCACUUUACCCCCAGAAGCGGUUGCUGUACUGGAUCACAGGGGGCAGGAGACUUCACAAUGGCUGUAA